AUGAGCAGUGAAACCUCUAUCCUCAGCCCUCCGAAGACCCGCCGACCAUUUUCGAUUCUUGACAGGAUCUUUUUGAGGUCCCCCAAUGCCAAAUUUCUCGGCUCCAGCUGGUCCUUGGAGAUUGUCAACGGCGGGAUAGCCCUUGCAUCGUUCGCAAGCAUCGUGGCAGUCCUCGCCUGGUACGAUGGCCGACCCAUGCCUGACUGGCCGGAGGGCAUCACACUGAACGCCAUUUUGUCAGUGUUGACGAGCAUUAUGAAAGCUGCCAUGGUUCUCAUCAUCACCGAGGCACUAUCCCAACUCAAGUGGUCAUGGUUCAAUCAGCGGAAGCAGUUGAGCGAUCUGGCGGUGUUGGACGCGGCCAGUAGGGGUACUCCAGGCGCGAUUUUGGUCCUUACCCGGUUUAUGCCCAAGCAUUUGGUCAGCCUUGGCUGUUUCGUUCUCGUUAUCGCCGUCGCUAUCGCCCCCUUUGUGCAGCAAAUCGUUGCCAUCCAAUCCCGCGCCGUGCACACGCCCGCUGCACCCUCCGUCAGAAUCUGUGACACCAGCAUCUACACGGAUUAUGACCAGGGCGAGGGCCCUGGCAUGAACAAGCUCCCAUUGGGUACGACGGCAGCCCUGUACAGCGGCAUCUUCCAAAGCCAGAGCACCGUCAGUGAUGCGAGUCUAGCGUCGUGCCCGACGGGGAACUGCACGUUCGCCCCGUAUCAAUCGCUGGGGUUUUGCUCUCGUUGCUCCAACAUCACUGAUCUGCUCAGUAUGACGACCACGGGCGGGAGUAGCCUCACGAUGAGGACCUCGAAUUUCAAGCUGCCCAACGGAUGGAAAUUCCAGACGGGGAUGAACUUGAAGAAUCUCAUGAACAGCACCACCGGUCGGCCUCUGCUGCGCGUGGAUACGGCCAACGUGCCCGUCGUCCUCAACUUCACAGCCAUCAGUUCCUCUGGUUUGGGCGCGGCCGCCUCUGCCACCGAGUGUGCCUUAUAUUUCUGUGUUCAAACGUACGAAGCCAGCGUGGCCGACGGGAAAUUCACCGAAAGAAUACAGUCCACUGCGUCCUCAGAGGUCACGAAAACAGCCGACGACCCCGCCCAAGACAUACGGCUGACCCCGGAGACGUGCUAUGUCAACGGAACGAAACAGGCCCCAGAUAAAUGCACCUACAAAGUGAACUGGCUGAGCCGCGUGUCCAUGUCCAACUCGCUGUCGCCUUUGCUCAAAGGUGACGGUUCGCUGUUCGUCAGAAACCGACCGGAUUGGUCCUCCGAUACUGUGCGGGCCGUCUACGGCAACGAGGGCAACACUACGGAGAUCGAUUCCGUUUUCCACUCACUGGCCACUGCACUGACCAGACACGCACGAUCGUCGGUGUGCCACGCCCGCACGGUGACCGGCAUCACCUGGGGACAACAGUCGUUUGUCCACGUGCGGUGGGGCUGGUUAGUUCUACCGGGAGUGCUGGUGGUCCUCAGUCUCAUCUUUCUGGGCAUAACCAUCUUCCACACGCGAAACCAAUUUAUCUGGAAGUCCUCCCCGCUGGCUCUCUUGUUCUCGGGGCUUGGAUUCGAAGCGCCGACCAUGCGGGACCCGACGCUCAAUGGCAUGGAGGAUAUGUCCCGCAACUUGAAUGUAUGGCUGGAGAGCUCCACGGGUGGUAUUCGGCUCCGGGAGGAUGCUCGAUAA